UUUCCCCGGAUGUUGCGGUUUAGGUGUUUUUCUGGGGUGAACAUUUGGCCGGUUCAUGCAGCCGAUCAGCGACCUACCGUACAAGAAGCUGCGUCAGCUGUCCAGACUUCUGGAUCCCAGCCCUAUCUCGCAGUUGAGCUGGCAAGCGUUGAUCGAAGAACUUCCAGAUGACUUCUACAGUGCAAACCAAGUCCAGAAUUUCCAGCUACUGGCAAUGAGACAAGAUACAACCCCUGCGUAUGAGCUCCUAUUGGACAUGGGAAAGAGAGGAGUCACAGUUGACGAUCUGAGAAGAUGCCUUGAUAGCAUGAAGCAUGAAGAGGCCAAGGCGCUUCUAGCUGAGUCUACUAACCGACAGAGGUUUAGACGCCAGUCUUCUACCGAUUCGACUUACAGCUCAUUUUCAGGUGGCUCUGGAGGAGAUGGAGGAGACGCAUGUGCUACAAGGCAAAGCUUGUUCCACAGAAGUCGUUCUAAUUACUCGCAAAGUUCCAUUGAUUCAAUUGAUACAUCAGUGAGUGCUAACUCACACGAAUGUAGAAGCAGACAACUUGUGGAACAAAAUGUUCAGGGCAACCAAGACAAAGACUACUUGCACCAUAAAGGUGCUGAAGUAGGUCCAACAGCUCCAUCAGCAGAUGAUCCCCCUCCUUAUGAAGAAAACUGUGCUAUUGGUUUGCCACAAUUGAUAGAGCAACUGACAUCAAAGAUGACACAAUGGCAGAAGAUUUUUCUGUCGUUUGUCUUGGGUGUGGUGAUGGUUAUCUACUUGUUGAGGUGUAUCGGCAAACUUUAAAAAUCAGUGCAAGUGGCUAUGAAUUCAUAGUAUGAGAAGUAUUCAUGAGUAAAUCAUAUACAUGUCUGAAACUGAGCAUUUACUGCUUUAUCAGGACAUACAUUAUCAGAUACUGCUCACUGCUUUCAAAAUCACUGCUAGUCAGUAGGCUACUGCUUUGUAAGUACCAGUACUUCAAAAUGUGAUUAUGAGAAACCA